AUGGCAUCCAAACCUUUGAUCUCCUCCUCCAAAAAUUUACUUCCUCCUUUAAUUUUAUAUCGCAAAAUUCUCAGAGUUCAUCGUUAUUUACCACCCUCACUUCGUUCUCUAGGUGACGAUUAUGUAAAAUCCGAGUUUAGACGACAUAAAGACAUAACAAAUCCUCUUCAUAUUAUAGGAUUUUUAAAUCAAUGGCAAGUUUAUUUAAAAGAUAUAAAACAACAAGUUGUUAAUUCAACUUUAAGUAAAGAGGUUAAAUUCGGAAAAAAGAUUGAAACAGAUGUUCUAGAGAAAUUUAGUGAACAACAAGUUGGACAAUUAUAUGCAUUAAGAAAUGAAACGAAGUCGGUAAUUAAGUAG